AUGCAUGCGAUGGGGCUGCACUCGGCGCUGGCCAUCAAGCGGCAGCGCAAGCGGCGCGAGGAGCAGCGGCGGGCGCGCGAGCGCCGCUUCAGCACGCAGAGCACCGAGUCGGGCCUCACGUCGCCGCACAACAGCAUCGCCAGCCUGGACCGGCAGCGUGGCGCGCGCCACACCGCCGCCCACUCCAAGGCCACCGGCGACGCUGUCGGCUCCAAGGUGGUGACCAGCGUGGGCAUGAUGCACAUCGGCGUCGUGUUCCUGGUGCUGGGCGCCUUCCUGCUGGUGUCGGGGCUGCUGCCCACCGACCUCACCUCCUGGAGCACGCUGCCCGGCGGCGCCUGGUUCAACGAGCUGUCCAUCACGGGCGCGUUCGCCCUCUUCAUCGGCGUCUUCCUCGUGGUGCUGAACCGCAUCAUCUCGAAGCGCGAGGAGGACGUGCUGAACGAGUACGUGCAGCGCCAGCUGACGCGCUCGCGCUCGGGCCACCGGCUGGUGCGCGACGUGGAGACGGGCUGCCUGACGACGCGCGCGCAGCAGCGGCCGCGCGUCACCGAAGAGUCGGCCGCGUCGACGCCGGACCCCGAGGCGGCGGAGCCCGGGCCGCUGCACCUGCCGGCGGGCGGCGCGCUCGCCGGGGGCGGGCCGGCCUCGCCGCGCUCGCCGCCGCUCGCCGACGGCCUGCUGUCGCCGCACCACCAGCUGGAGCAGAUCGCCGAGGAGGAGCCGCUGCCCGCGCUCGCGCCCUACUGCGAGAAGGGCGAGGACGAGGCGCGCGGCCGCCACGGCAAGGACGUCUGCUCCAACGGCUCCACCACCGGCGGCAGCCUCAGCCCCGGGUCGCCGUCCGAGACGCAGGAGCUGCUGUCGGCGCGCGCGCGCUUCCUCAACAUGUGA